GACAGCGGACGGCGGUGGCGGCGGCCGCGAUUGGCGUCGGAGGCUCGCGAGUCUCCGCCUCGCCGGCUCAGCGAGGGGGGAUGCCAGUGGAGGCAGGGUGGCCAGGCAUGGACAGCACCAGUCUGUCGGGCCCCGCGUCAACGCGAGCACCGCUCUCACCCUCGCGUUACUGGGGUGCGUCCGCACGCUUCACCGUCCGUGUUGUUCGGCAGUUGGACGUCGGCAGCGAGUGACUUCUGUUCGGGUCGCGAAAAGUUCCACAGACACUUUGGUUGCGAAUCGUGAACUGUUAUGUGCUGCUAUGCGUCUCUAUGAUGAGCUGCAGUGAGGUGAUGUAUCAAGCUUACUACCCUUACCUCUACCAAAGGCCGUCCACCUCGCCUGUCUCCAGACCACCGGCCUUCACGCCCUUCCCGCAAUAUGACAGGUUUGGAAUGCAGCCGAGGACGUCCCUCGAGCAAUCGCAGAGUCCACUGGGACACUCGGACGUGUACAUCAGCCCUGGCGGCAGUGCGGGUGGAGGCGGGGGCGGUUCAGUCAGCUCGGUGGGAAGCCCCUCAAGCCCAAUUUCAUUACAUGCACCUCCAAGCACAAGCAAGGAGUCUACAAGCAAGACUGUGGUAGCCGAUGACGGUGGCGCCGACGAUGAGACUGAACCUGGAAACGACGACGACGAGCGUGCCGGCGCCGCUCAGUACGUGUCGGCAAACUGUGUCGUCUUCACGCACUACUCCGGCGACGCAGCCGCCGUCGUCGACGAGCACUUCAGCAGAGCCCUUAGCCAGACUUCGUCGGCCGUGGCGCCGACCUCCGCGUCGUCGGCAGGAUCGGCGUCCAGUUCUGCGGCCGGUGGCUUUGGAGGCAAUGAGCCUGGCAGCUCAGGGAAAGCUUCAGGGGCCAGUAAAGACACGAGUUCUCCGAUGUCAGCGCGCAAUUUCCCGCCGUCCUUCUGGAACAGCGACUACCAACAGCAGCAGCAACAGCACCAGAUGGCGGCGGCAGCCUCGUCGCACCACUCGCACCACCACCACCACCACCACGCGGCGGCCGCCGAGCUCUACUCGACGGCAGCGGCGGCGGCGCUGGCCUCAGCGGCGGCCGCCUCCUCGUCUGACCCGUACCACCCGCACCACCACCACCACGUACACCACCCCCAGGCGGGGGCGGCCCCUGACCCCUGGCACUACCACCAGCCGGCGUACCGGGCCGCUGUACACGACUUCACCGCCUACAACAAUAUGGCCAGCAGGUUCAGCUCGGGCCAGUACGGCCCCCUACUGCUCGCCCCCUCGGCCUCGUCACAUCCGCCCCCGGCAGCGGUGCCGUCGUCGUCCAGUGCGGCAAGGAACCACUCGGCAAGACAUCAGUACCUGAGCUCGGCGGCCGGAAAGUCGGCCGGCGAGUGGUCGUCGCGCCUCCACGAGCUCGAGAGUGCCACCCCCGGCGGUGCUCACCCCCUCGUCGACGCCUCCUCGCACGCGGCUUCCAGCUACGUCACGCAUCCGUACUCUAGUAUGGCAGGUCUAGAAGCACAGGUGCAAGAGCCGUCUAAAGAUCUGUACUGGUUCUAAAGUCGACUUGCUGCUGGAAUAAUAAAAUAAUCCGCGCAGCAUUUUCUCCUCACUCACAGUGUGUGUCGACUAACUUGAUUUAUUAGUGCAAGAACACAAGACAAAGUACUCUCGAGAGUGUGUGCUUUUGUGCGAAGAGACGCGCGUUCGUUAUCGGCGGAAAGCAAAAAGAGGAACAAACUGAAUCAAAAAGCUGGAUUCUGGAAUGAGAAAAGUCAGAGGAAGGGUAAAUUUUGAACCGUCAGAGACACAAUUUUGAUUUUUUAAAAACGAUAUUUAAAUUUAAGAAAGAUAAUGACUACGCAAUAUGCAAGUAAAGACGAGUUGGUUCAAAUAAGUGAUCAAAGGUUGCUGUAAAAUGGUCCUAAUACGUGACAAUUUUUGAAUAAGUGUUGUUGCUACUUCAAUGCAUACUUAAUAUAUUGAAUCAUUGUGCUGAGUUAUUAAAAUAAUCGCCAACUAUAUCUCUGUAAAAAUUGCGAGUGUGUUUCAUUGGCAGCAAAAUGUUUAGAACAAUGCAGUUGUACAUAAGGAUAAAUGCAUAUUGACGCUGUAACGUGUAUUAAAGUCACUCAUCUCUCAUCGUGUAUAAUCUUGCGGCAAUUUGUAUAAAAAAAACAAUGGCGCUUCUCACAGUUACACUAAUAGGAGAAAUCAUGUAGCACCAUUCAAAUUCCUUUGCCCAGCAGAAAAGUGUAAUGCAUCAAAUUGUUAUUGUUGUUAUCAAGUACAAUAAUGUUUUUGUGAAAAACUUUGUAACGGACAGAGCUGAUUUAGUUCCUUAACUGUGUCCACUUUGAUUGAUUGCUUGUGAAUGAUCAUUUCUUUAUAUUUUACACUUUUCUUCUACUGCUAUUGCGUUUGGACUGCAAUGAUGUGCAAUAAAAUAAACACACUGUUUUUCAAGUUCUUAGCGCAGAUCAUAAUACGAUUAUUAUGGCGAAAUAAAUAGCGAAUAACAUCCUCAAAA